CCGCCGGACGCCGCGCCGGCGACGAAGGGACUCGUACGAGCCAUGCAGCCCCUCACGGUCGCGAACGACUUCUCGAUCUGCGCCUGGCUCGACGCGCGAGCGACGCAAAAGUGCCUCCUGAAGUCGAACAAGUACGCGGUGGUCCUGGCGACGACGGCGACGGACUUUAGCUUCGGGCGGACGCCGCUCGUCGUUGCAAUAGCGAGGGACCCGCACGAGCGCUACGCGCAGCAGGUCGCGGGGCGCCCGCGGCGCGUGCUCCAUCAGGUCGACGACUGUUUGGCCGCGGAAGCCUCGUCG